CUUCAAUGGCCCCAGGCCAUAAAUAACUUACUGAAUUGUUUUCAUGACAGAGUGACUUUUCUAGAAUAAUUGUAUUCUGACAUUAAAAGCCACUCAAAUGCAGAAACAGUUAAGAAGUAUCUUGUCGGCCGAAGACGCUGAGCUGGUUUGGAGUGCCUUCGCGUCAACGACGGUAUUCCCAAAGACUUGGGGAGGUAACACUUACGAGAAGGUGUUUGAAGGAUCAAGUUUGGUUGACAGGGUAGUAGAAAAAUCGCCAGAAAGAUAUUCCACUCGAGAACAGGCGACAGAGCUUCUCCAGGGCGUCCUCAAAGAAGGAUUUAUCAAAAGCAUUGGCAGAUCUCGACUGUUUGAGGACGGUUCACAAUUGUUUUAUUGGACAGAAAACUCGCAAUCACCCAACAACAUGGCGACCACCGUCAAUUCAAGAACACAGCGCUUCAACAAAACGCAAAAAGAAGAAGCUAAACCGGCUUGGGUAACUCCUAACUUGAAGAAAACAGCCAGACCAGGAGGAGUACCCAGGAGGGAAAUUAACACUCUUUCACGCGCUACUCCAAAUAAGGUCUCCGAAGAUGCAGACACCGACAAGAAGACAAAUGCGACUAAAUCUCUCUCCAGAGGAUUAGCAGCCCUUCUUGAACGGGAUCAAUCAUUUAGUACUCAAAAUAUGCAGGAUAGCAAUUGCGAAGAUAAGAAGGAAGAGAAAACAGAAACAGAUGGGCAUUCCAACAUGAUUAGCACUGACAGAAAAAGCGGUAAUGAUCAAGCGAAAACAGAAAAUUCCAAAACCGAUUCUAAACCACCAUCAUCCACUCAGCGGUCAUUCCACAAGGCUCCGCAGGUUAAACUGGUUCAAACCGGUUCUGUGACUGAUGAUUCCAAACAGUCGUCAACGCCACAACGGUCUGUGCACAAGGCCCCACAGAUUCAACAGGCUCAAUCUGGUUUAGUUACUGACAUAGCAAAACCGAUCGCCCAUCAAAACGGAGAAGUGGUUCCCUUGAAAAAAGCCGUACAGGAAGGAAAAGUCACCCAGGUGAAGCCCGCCACGCAGUCCUACGUGGCUAAAGCUCCGGUAAUUGUUCAGGGAAGAAAGAUUGGUCCCGAGGGCGUUCCCGAGAAGACCAAUGAGGAGGAAAAUACUGGUAAAAAGGCUGAUAUAAUUACGCCAUCUAUAAAAGCCUCGCCAUUUAUUAAUCACAAAGAAGUGGAAGAGAGGGCUCCUACUAAGGUGCUAAAAAGCUCACCGAUCAAAAUAGUCAAUGGUGUCGAUGAUGGGAAGAAAAGUGAAGUGGUUACAGCAAGAGAUUCUUCUACUAAGGCAGCAAAAGUUAAUCAACACACGACAGAAGAAUCGGACAAAGAAACCGCGGAAUUCCUUAAAAACGAAAUCGAACGAAUCAAGACCGAGCAUGUAGCAGAGGUAACUAAAUACCAAGAAACGAUAAAGGAGAUGAAACAUCAAAUUGAACAAGCAAAAGAAAUGACAAACUCUGAAGGAACAGCAGGGAGUGAAACAUCUUCAGAUCUCUCUAGAUCAAGUUCCGUGUCCAGUUUGUCACCUCCACCCCCACCACCGCCUCCUCCUCCUCCAGCUCCAACAGGGCCCCCUGCUCCACCACCUCCACCACCCCCUGGGGCAAUAAGUCCUCCUCCACCACCUCCCCCUCUUCCUGGUGGCGGACCGCCACCUCCGCCACCUCCAAUGGGUCCUGGCGCACGUCGCCUGGCAGGAGGAGCCAAGCCGACGAAAGCUGCCAUCAAACCCGAUGUGGAAAUGAAACCACUGUUUUGGACAAGAAUAUUAAUAUCAGAUGAACAAGAUGGUGGUGACCUAAACAACAACAAACCCAAGAACAUCAUUUGGAAACACGUGACGGAGAUGGAUUUUAACAGAAAAGAGUUCCAAAAGUUGUUUGGACGCAAAGGCAAAAAGAAGUCUAAGUGUGAUAGGAGGAGCACUCUUAAAGAUGAUAGCCACUUCUCACAUUCAAAAGGUCCACAUGCCGCCAAGCUGCUUGAUAAUGGCCGAUCUCAGACUAUUGGUAUUAUCAUGAGCAGCCUGAGCUGUCAACUGGAGGACAUCAGAGACGCCGUCUACAAAAUGGAUACCUCUGUCAUUGACAUGGACGGAUUGAAAGCUUUGUACGACAUUCGCCCAAAAGCAGAUGAAAUCGAAAUGAUUACAAAAUAUCAACAAGAUAAUCCAAACGUUCCCCUAGACAAACCAGAGGAAUUCUUACUUCAAAUACAUAAGAUGGAUCACUUUGCAGAACGACUGGAGUGCUGGCUAACCAGAAAUAAAUUCAAGGAAACCUUAACGGCCAUUGACAGAAGAUUAUCUGCCAUAUGCGAGGCUAGCAGUUUGCUUCGCACAAACGACGACUUGUCAUUUGUUUUGUCCAUAAUCCUGACUCUUGGAAACUUCAUGAAUGGAGGCACGAACAGAGGACAAGCAGACGGGUUCCAGUUGAGCGUUCUUAAUAAAAUUAGAGAUGUCAAAACACAGGACAAUGAGUCGAAUCUUAUGAAAUACCUCGUGCAAGUCUACUGUGACAAGAGACAUGGAGGCGAGAGAGGGGACUUUAACCUACCAGACCCUUACUCCAUCCUCGCUGCUGCUCAGGUUUCAUUCAAGGAUAUCAAAGCAGAACUCGCUGAAGCUAAGAUAUCGUUAGCAACCUGUAAGGCCAAGUCCGAAAUGGUACUUGUAGGAGAUAAUCCAGAGCAUCGAGAGCCGUUUGAAAGUUUUGUGAAAGAAUAUUUGCAAACAGGGGAAAAGGAGCUUUCUCGCUUACAAAAAAAGGUUCAAGCAACGACGGAAGAUUUCAAGGAAGUGGUGGAUUAUUUCCAGUAUACUGGCGAAGGAGAGGAGGUUACCCCGCCAUUAUUUUUCGGCAUUUGGGGAAAUUUCCUAGAGGUUUUCAAGAACUUUUGGAAGGCCGAACAGGUCAACCUAGCCAAACGGACAUUCCGUAAUGCUGAGCAUCUCAAACAGAUAAGAGCGACGGCUACCAAAUUCAAGAAACGCAGGACCAGCGACGUAGAAGAACCGAGCAGGAGUCGAUCAGUAACUCACACAUAGUCACGUGACUCACGUGCUGCGGUCGCAAAACGUCAAUCAUUUAUUGUACUUUUAGUAUUUAUUAGAUUAUUCUUAGCUUUAAUUGGGAGUAGGGAAAAA